AAUUUGUGCCUUUAACACACGCAAACGUGUGUUUUUACUUUAAAAAUUCGCUUAACAGCUGCGCUUAGCUGUCGUGUUAUUGAUGCAACAAGUGGUUUUUAUCGAAAUUCACUGCCUAAUCCACAGUCGGAGUGCCAUUCAGAUACGAUUCUUACCUGCCAAAUUCCAAUAAGAAGCGAAAAAGCAACAACAAAUUGUGCGCCGUCUGCUUUCGUAGCCGUUUUCACAAAAGUCGCAUAAAAAUACGUACAUAAUUGCGCCGAAAAAGCAAAAAUGCUAAAUGUUUAUUAAUAAAUCAAUUAAAGAGUUGGCAUUUACUGAGUGCAAAGUGAAGCAAUUAAAAGUGAGAAAGUUUUAGCUGAAAUUAAGCAAACACACAUAUCCCCAACGCGAGGAUCGUAUCGUGUAAGUGUGUGUGCGUGUGUGUGUGCGCGUGAGUUUUAACUGCGCGGGUGUGCUUAUGUGUGCGUGUAUAGGUGAAGGUGAAGUUCCUUAAAACGACAGCGACGAAAAUUGAAACAAGUGUAUUUUAAUUAUAGAUCAUACAAAGUGCACUUAAUCCAAUAAAAUAACAACAACAACGACGACGACGAUAAAAAGCAGAUAACGGUACAACGUGACGUAUUAUCGCAUUAAUAUUUGAAUAGCUACUAGCACUAGCAACAAGAUGGAAUCCAUGGAAUAUGAAAUGGCACGCAAUAUGACAUUGCUAUUCUUUUUGGAACGUCUACUCGAUAAAGGCGAACCACGCACCGUGCACGAUCUUUCGUGUCAAUUUGGCAACAAGGAAUUCACAAAGGAAAUGCGUCAAAUAGCCGGCGGCAGUCAGUCCGGUCUCAAGAAAUUUCUCGCCCAAUACCCAUCAAUAUUCCUCGUCGACGGCGACUAUGUCCAGGUGAAUGCCUAUCAGCACAGCAGCUCCGACGAUGGCAACAAUGGCGGCAAGCGCGAUUACAUACAAGAGGCUAAAGAUUACUUUAAGAACAAGAUGUUGCAGUAUGGCGCCGCGGCCGAGGUUCCAGUCCGUAGUCUGCUUGGCCAUCGCUCCCAGGCAUCGCCGCAGGUGCGGCACAUAUCGGGUCAGCACAUAAAGGAGUUUACCGAUUUUCUGAUGAAGCACACGGACACGUUUAAAGUGGUGGACGACUAUGUGAUGCUGGUGGGCUGUGAGAAUAUGACAGAUCUGCCGGCGCGCGAUCGUUUGCACCUGCCGCAGUCGAACAUCGAUACGCGUGGCACGCAGCAAAUGCUGGACUUUUUCGCUCAGUGCAUUGAGAUGAAGGGACCGCUGCUGGUGGAUCAGCUGUUUCAUCUGCUGACGCUGAACUUUCCGCAGGAUCAGUGGCUGCGCAUGUUCAAGACGCCGGGCGAUUUGAGUUCGUUCCUGAAGCUGUUCAGCGAUUGUUUUCACAUACAGGCGAAUCUAGUCACGCUGCUGCAGAAGCCCAAGCUGAACGAUUCGCAUAUACAGCAGGCACAGGCGCGUUCCCGCGAGCAAUUCAAUUCGCUGAACAACAAUCAGGGGCAGGGACGCAAGCUGGAGCAGCAGCCGGCGGCGGGUGCGGCGCUGAGUUCGGUGCAGCAGCGUCUGCAGUCGCCAGCGCUGCGCAGCAAUAGCAACGGCUUUAGCAAUAACAAUAAUAUCAACAACAACAAUAAUAACAAUAACAAUAAUGUAGCAUCGCCAAAUUUCAAGCUAAAUGCGCCCGUGUCCAAUAUGACGGGUGGCAAUGGCUUUGGCCAAGGCCAAAACAACAAAUCGGAGCCAAAUUCGGGCUUCGAUAGCUAUGUGCCAAUUGCUGAGCUCAAGCUGGAGAAUCUCUGUGAGCACAACUAUCCGAGCACACAAGUGAAUUAUGGACCCAUCGGAGCGCCGCUGCCACAACAGCAACAGCCGCAGCAGCCGCAGACUGCCACGCCCACUGAGCGACUGAAUAGCGUAAAUCAAACAUUAAAGCAACGCAUCAAUACGCUGGUCAUACGCACGCUGGCCGAGAAUCUGGAGAAGGAUAAGCAAACGCUGGCGAAUCAAGGCACACACAGUCCAGUGCACAAUGCCAAAGCCACAGCAGCAACAACAGCAGCAGCAGCAACAACAACUGGGGCAACAACAACUGGAGCAACAACUGCCACAGCUGCUGCUGCCACACAAAAUGCUAGUCAAAACUAUUUCGUUGGCGACACCUGGAAGAUUAAGGUGCUGCAGAAUACAACGGUUAUAGCGAAUAUAAAGCACUCGCUGUUUGUAAUCGAAGCGCUGCUGGAUUUGGCCAAGGAUGAGAGCAACAUAGCCGUUUCACUCGAUUGCGAGGGCAUCAAUUUGGGCCUCAAGGGCGAGAUUACAUUAAUUGAAAUUGGCACAGCGCGUGGCGAAGCGUUUCUCUUCGAUGUGGCCAGCUGCCCGGCUAUGGUUAGUGAUGGUGGCCUCAAGACGCUGCUGGAGCACGAGCAUGUGAUCAAAGUCAUACACGAUUGCCGCAACGAUGCAGUGAAUCUUUAUCUGCAGUUCGGCAUCCUCUUGCGCAACGUGUUCGAUACGCAAGCAGCGCAUGCAAUUCUACAGUAUCAGGAGAACGGCAAGCAGGUCUACAAAGCCAAAUACAUAUCGCUCAACUCGCUGUGCGAGCAAUACAAUGCGCCCUGUAAUCCCAUCAAGGAUCAGCUGAAGCAAAUCUAUCGACGCGACCAAAAGUUCUGGGCCAAGCGGCCGCUGACGCGCGAAAUGAUGCUCUAUGCCGCCGGCGAUGUGCUCGUGCUCAUCCAUGAUCAGCUCUUUGGCAAUUUGGCGCGCCAAAUCAAGCCCGAGAAUCGUCAGCUGUUCUCCGAACUCUGCACAGAGCAAAUCCUCAUGCAGAUCAAGCCCAACGAGGUGAAGAUACGCAAGAAGCAGCGCAAGGUCAGCACCGAAGUCUCAGAUCUCAAGCAGAAGCUGGCGCAGUCCAGCAAAAGUAUUGUGCUCUCCAAUCGUGAAAUACGCUUGCUGCGUUAUAUGGACUUGACGGAGGAGGAAAAGGAACGUCUCAAAGGCUAUUACAAAGUGGCCAAGAAGCUGGAGAAAAUGGAAUCUGCCGGCAAUGCCAACAAAGAUCAAAGCGAUUCAGAUGAUGAUGCUGAACCCAAUGAGAAUGACUGUUUUCCUAGUCUGGACUCGGUGCCAUCGGAUAAUUCACUUUCGGGCACAUUUUCACCGCGUUUCAGCUCGGAGCCGCCCAGUCUGACAGAAUCUAUGCAAAUGCUUGAGGAAAUAUUGCAAAACAAAUCAAUGGAUCGCAUAGCGCGCAUAGAUAAACUGGAAGCCAUACUAACAACGGCUACAACACUGCCUUGUGAUCAAAUUAUAACUUCCAAUGCCAUGCAGGAGCAGCUGGGCUCUAGCAUAGCCACAACAGAGAAUCUGCAGAUUAUACGCGAAAAGUCCAGAAACAACAAGAACUGCAAUUGCCAAGGCGAGCGCAGUGUGACGCCAAUUUUGCGCACCACCAAUGAUAAGCGUGUGGUCAAGCUGGUGGAUGCUGAAUCGCAGACUCUGAGCACCGGUGAUGUAGUCAUAACGAAAAUAUUUUUCCAGGAUGAACACGAACGCGCCAAGGAGACGGUGCUGAGCAACAGCAAUGCAAACUCGCCCAAGCGUGUGGCUUCAACUUGAAUACUUCACUCUACUUCUUUUUUAUUGAAACAAAUUUAAAUGAUUCCUAACAAAGCCAAGCGCAAGACAUUUUUAUGUAUUAUUUUUUGAUUGUUUAUUAACAUUUUUGUGAGACUCCACUAGAGAACGAUGAAAACAUAACGAAAUGCAAACAAAAGACGGAGUGCUCAGCUCUAUUAAAUAUGCAAUAACUAUAUAUAUAUAUAUAUACUAACUGAAAAGCAAUAUAAUUUGUGCCUAAAUGUUGAACAUUGCAAUUAACUACUCUAUAUGAUUUACAACUAAUUCGCAAGGCUUUUCAUUUUGCUCACUCAAACAACAACAACAAAACGAAUUGUAUAUUAUCGCGUUAGGCUAAUGAGAGUACUUUUUAUAUAUAUCAUAAACUGAAUCACACUUCUCAGACAGCUGCGAUUUGAGAAUGCGUGUUGCAUUCAGCAAUCAACUUGAAAGCUUUAACUUUUUGCAUACGAUAACUAACAACAAAUUAUAAAAGAAAUACAAUGUUUAUACAAAUUGACAUUAGCAAAGCUUUGUUUUACCUAUUAAAUAAAUUGAAAACUAAUUAUGAAAAGCGUUGGACCAAUCAAACAAUUCUUGUUCAAUCUAGAUUAAUAGCAUAGGUUUCCAAAUAUCCUUGUCGCCAUAUCAAUAACUGAACAAAAAUCAGACGCGUUUAAUUCAUACAAUUUUAGUUAAAAAAAAAAA